GGUUGGACUAAUAAUGUUUAAACCAUGGAUGAAAUUAAAGAGAAAAAUAAAUAUACUGAGUUUAAAGAUAUAAAUGGAAAUCCAAUUAACUUACAUGUACAAGAAAUAUCUCACUGUGUAAAAAUCACAAUAGUAAAUUGUAGAAAAGGCCUAUAUAGGAAAUGUAUAAUUAUAUUUAUAAUAGCAAGUCUUGAUUUGAUUUGUUUGGUGUUCAAUAUUUUUUCCAUAAAUGUAAUUUUCACAAUUUUAUGCCUGGUGUUGACGUAUUUGUAUUCAGCAUGCAAUAUAACUACUGAAGAAAGUCUAGUCUUGAUCAAAGAUGUGGGCAUUGAGAUUUCCUCAAAACAAGUGGUUGGUGUAAGAAAGAUGUUUUUUCCUCAAGAACAAGUACAAAAGAUUUUUAUUAAUGAAGUAAUCUUUAGGAACAAAGUAUUAUUUAUGUUGACAUUAUUUGUUAGAGAUUUUAGAAACAAUGAAAAGUUGGUUCCACUAUUUACAGAUAUUUUACCACAGUUAGCAGUACUGAAAAUUGUUUACAAACAUAUCAGACAACAACUUUGAAUAUUCCUAAGCAAUAUUCUAUUUUUCUGUAUAGGAAUUUGGACUGACUUUAAUCACAUUUAUAAAUUGUUUAUAAAUAAAAUUUAUGUAU